AUGCAGAACAGGACUGGACUGAUUCUGUGCUCCCUCUCCCUCCUCACAGGCUUCCUGAUGAUUUGCUUGGGUGGCUUUUUCAUCUCCAACUCCAUCUUCCACUCCCAGAAGAAUCUGGCCGUGGCCUAUGUGCUUCUGCCUAUGGGGUUUGUGAUCCUUCUGAGUGGAAUUUUCUGGGGCACCUACCGCCAAGCAAAUGAAAACAAAGGGAUGUUCAACCAUGUGCUCAGACAGCACCUUGCGUCCCAGGACCUGCCCCUGGCCACUGUAGACAGGCCCGACUUUUACCCCCCAGCUUAUGACGACAGCCUGGAUGUUGAGAAAGAGGCCUGCCCUGCAGGCAGAGGGCUCCUAGGAUUCCCUCCUCCUCUGUAUACAGAGACAAGCCUUGAACUUGAAGACGAAAAUGACCCACAACCAGAGGACCCUCCACCCUAUCAGGAGAUCAUAGCAGAUGCAGUGGCUACAGCGAAGGCACAGGAUGCUGAGGAGCCAAGCACAGUGCUAAAUGAAGGAACUGCUCUCCAGCACUCAGAACUCCCCAGCUGCUGA